AUGCUUAGAAGCUGUCUUUCCAAAGUCAUCUCACCAUGUCAAUCUGCUUUCAUCCCUGGGCAUUGUAUCACUGAUAAUAUCCUAAUUGCUUAUGAAAUCAAUCAUUCCCUUAAACUGAAGUCUUGUGGGCAGGAGAGAUCUAUGUCCGUUAAAUUGGACAUGAGCAAAGCAUUUGAUAAGGAAGCCGAGCGUUGCGGAAGCAUCUCAGGUUUCCGGAUAGGCUCACGUGGACCGACACUAUCUCACUUAUUUUUUGCAGAUGACACCUUAUUAUUCGGAAAGGCGUCAUUGCAGGAAGCUCAGCACAUACGGACAAUCCUUGACCUUUAUAAAGCAGCUUCAGGUCAAGAGGUUAAUUUUGAUAAAUCAGCAGUGGUUUUUAGUAAAAACACAGACCCCACAGUUCGUCGAAGUAUCACACAACUCCUUAACAUUAUGGAGGUUCCCACUCAUGACAAAUACCUUGGCCUUCCUACCGUUGUUGGUCGUUCUACGUCUGAAGUUUUCUCAUCUGUAAAGGAGAGGAUCUGGCAGAAGAUACAUGGAUGGAAUGAACAACGUCUCUCAAAGGCAGGUAAGGAAAUCAUGAUCAAGGCUAUUGUCCAGGCUAUUCCAACAUACUCAAUGUCCUGUUUCAAGUACCCGGACUCCUUGCUUUCCGAUAUUCAAUCUAUGAUCAGUAACUUUUGGUGGGGUGAUGGUGCUAAGCGAAAGCCAAUUCAUUGGGUAAGUUGGGAUAGAAUGUGCUUGUCCACAAAUGAUGGUGGCACGGGCUUCAGACAGCUCAAGGCUUUCAAUUUAGCUUUACUGGCUAAACAGGCGUGGCACAUCGCAACCCAACCAUCUACUUUUCUUCAUCGGGUCUUUAAAGCUAAAUAUUUUCCAACAAAGGACUUUUUUCAAGACGAGUCUACGUCUAGGCCUUCCUUUACUUGGAGGGGUUUGUGCGCUGUUCGCAGAUAUCUACUCUCUGGUAGCAAAUGGCGUGUUGGAAAUGGGUUACAUAUCAAAAUUUGGAAAGAUAGGUGGAUUCCACGCCCUUCUAUUUUCAAAAUUGUAUCACCUUCCGAUGCGCUGCCGGAAGACUCCACUGUGGAUUGUCUAAUUGACAAAGAUAGCGGGAAAUGA